GACGACCACUCUAUAGGUGCAGAAAAAGAAAAUGAGUGAAGCGGCCUAUUAUCGCGAACUGGAAGCUUCUGAACGACGGUUGAGCGAACUUCGGGCUGCUAAUCGAGAAAGUGUUAAAAGAGUGCAAGACAAAAUAACCGACGAGAAAACGCAACAUCAGGCACGUAUCGCGGAAAAAGAGAGAAAGCAUCGUGAAAACAUGUUACGACAAUGGAAUUCUAGCGUUGCGGAGAGGAAUGCCGCUGAGGAAAUACAUAGGAAAUCGGUUGAAAAAUUCAACGAAGAACACAAAACCUAUAUGGCAAAGUUAGAAAAGCAACUAGAGAAAAUAAACGAGAAGGGAGAACAAGAUGUUAAAGAAGUUGAACAGCAACGUGUAAAACUUGAAGAACAACGAACAGAAGACCUUGUCAAGCAUCACGAAUCGAUGGCGAACCUCAGUGAGAAAAAAUACAAAGAAAUUGAAAAACAAAGAGUAGAGCAACAUAUGUUGAAAAUGGAAGAGUUGAAUGCAAAAAGUAAACAAAAUACGAGUCUUUACCAAAUUCAAAUGAAAAACAUUAAUGAUUCACACAACAUGCAAUUAAGCAUAGAAAAGAGUAAUGCUAGUUUGGCUGUCAUUCAACAUUCAGAGAGUUGCAUUGAAAGCUUUAAUGUGAUCUUGGGUCUAUUGAAAGAUAUGAAAGAGUUGAGCGAGAACAAAGAUCACUACCUUCCUGCUGACUUGAAAAAAAUAAAGUAUACUUCGGACGAAAUUGAAAAGCACAAAUCUAAAUUGGAAUUUCGAAAUCAACAGCUCGAAAGUAGUAGGACUCUGGAAAUCAAUGCAGACCCACGAGUGAUUGGCGGAUCUUCGGAAAUGUCAAUCAAAGUGAAGCGAUGCAUAGAGUCAAGUGGCUUUCGUUCAGUGUGUACUUUGCCCAGUCUUGCUGCACAACAGGAUCUUGCUCGUAUUAGUACAAUUAUGGACAAAAUCGACAGUUUGACCAAUAAGAUGGAUGCUAUUAGUGAAGAAGUUCAGCGCAAUACAAUUCAAUGGCAACAAGAUGGAAAUUCGUCUAUGAAGGCUUUGACGCAUACCAACGGGAGUUGAUUGUAUAUAAAUAAUUGCUUUAUUGUUAUUUCAUAAAAAGGAAAUUCUAUGAGCUCACUUUUAUGUGCCUCUAUCUAUUAUAAAUAAAAUUCAUGAUAUUCUCCGG